CUGAACCUGGCCUCUAUGGAAUCCCCAGUGUACAUUUUUCGUGAGGAACCAGGCCCCACUUGCUCCCCAGGACUAUGUCUGCUUCCAAGCAGCAGCAGUAGCAACUGGCUCCUAGACUGGGCUGAAUAUGGCAACAAUAACAGUGGCAUGUAUGAGGAUUUACAGCAGAACAACACUAAUAUCUCCCCAGCUAUUCCUAUAAUUAUCACUGCUGUCUAUUCCAUGGUCUUUGUGGUUGGCUUGGUUGGCAACUCUCUAGUAAUGUUUGUCAUCAUAAGGUAUACAAAGAUGAAGACAGCUACCAACAUUUAUAUUUUUAACUUGGCUCUGGCUGAUGCCUUAGUUACCACAACAAUGCCUUUCCAAAGCACAGUGUACUUAAUGAACUCGUGGCCAUUUGGGGAUGUGCUGUGUAAGAUAGUCAUUUCCAUUGACUACUACAACAUGUUUACCAGCAUAUUCACGCUGACCAUGAUGAGUGUGGAUCGAUACAUUGCUGUGUGCCACCCUGUGAAGGCUUUGGAUUUCCGUACCCCUCUGAAGGCAAAGAUCAUCAAUAUCUGCAUCUGGCUAUUAUCUUCAUCAGUGGGCAUAUCAGCCAUUGUUCUUGGUGGCACAAAGAUCAGAGAAGGCAGUACCGAGUGUUCACUGCAGUUUCCUGAUGAAGACUAUGUCUGGUGGGACAUCUUUAUGAAAAUCUGUGUCUUCGUUUUUGCAUUUAUUAUCCCAGUGCUGAUUAUAGUAGUUUGCUAUACUCUGAUGAUUCUGCGCUUGAAGAGCGUGAGACUUCUUUCUGGCUCUCGGGAAAAAGACCGAAACCUCCGCCGCAUUACCAGAUUGGUUCUUGUUGUAGUUGCAGUUUUCAUUAUCUGCUGGACUCCAAUCCACAUUUUUGUAUUGGUUGAGGCCCUGGGGGAUGUAUCCCACAGUACUGCAGCCAUUUCCAGUUAUUAUUUCUGCAUUGCUUUGGGCUACACUAAUAGCAGUCUCAAUCCCAUCCUUUAUGCUUUUCUGGAUGAAAACUUCAAACGUUGUUUUAAAGAUUUCUGCUUUCCUUUUAAGAUGAAGACAGAUAGACACAGCACCAAUAGAGUCAGAAACACAAUCCGAGACCCUGCUUAUCCAGAAGAGGUUGAUGGGACAAACAAACCAGCAUGACUAGCCGUGGAAAUGUCAUCUUACUGUCCUCCAGGACAAGAUGAGUCCAAUGACCUUGGACUAACUCAGAUAACUACUGCAUUGUGAAAUGGACAAUAAUAGACCUAUUUGAUGCCAUGUAAGAAAUUCCACAAUCUGAACUGAUAUAUCACCACUGCUGGUAAUGAGGGUUUCUUCAAAUGUACUUUUGGAUCAUAUUAAAAACAUCUUUGUACAUAGCUGCAUAUCAAUUUUGGGAAGAAAAAGCAGAGGAAGCUCUUUGUUAUGCUAAUGUCUUUGUGGAAAGGGAAAUCUAUUUUUCUUAUUCUAUCUUUCUGCUGCUGCUUAGGUUCUGGUUGGAAAUGAUAGUGUGGCUUUCAGUGACUGGUAAAAAAAUCAGCUAAAGUGUAAUGAUCUUUUAUUAUACUGUAUUAUAAGAAAAGGUGUUAGUUCUGAGCUUAUAAUACCUGCUAAAACUGCAAAAUCAACAUUUUUCUUACAGCCUAUGUAUGCAGUGUGUAUUUCCAGAUAUCUACACAGCCAUGAAUCAUAUAGUAGAUUAUGGAAACUAGUCU